CAUCUUCAUAGAAGACUUUUAUUUGCCAACGAAAGGUUGUGCGUAGUCUAAUAUUUAAUUCUUGUAGUAUUCUACACUAAAAUCGUUGUGGAAUCUCUUUAUUAAACUAAAAAUCGGUUUGAUCACACACAUCAAUCUGUUACACAUCCAAAAUGAAGUUCAUUGCUGUUGCUUUCGUUCUUUUCGCCAAGUUCGCUUCGGCUUUCAACACUUCUAAGAACCACCUUAGCCAGAGGGCAGCUGGUCACAGCGUCAAUGUCACCACUGCUCAGGUUGAGAAGUUCCGUGAGUUGAUCAAGGCUGACAUGGCCCAGAAGGUUGACGACCUUAUUGAGCUCAUUGUUUCUGACAUUGAGAGGGCAUUGGUUGAGGCCAACGAGACCCACCCCGUUUUCCUCCAGAACGGUGUUAACGAGAACAUCAAGAAGAUCGUCAAGACUGCUGUUAUGGCUAUGCUUAAGCACUUGGUUCCCAUCUUUGAGAACUGGAUCGCUGACGCUGUUAAGCCCCCAGUCACCACUCCUACUGUUUACGGUAUGCUCGUCAGGCCCAUUGGUAAGAGCAUCUUCGACAACAUCUACGGCAAGCUCAAGAUGGAGCCCAGCAAGCAGUGGGACACUGAGGACGAAAUGGACUUCGGCUCCUUUGAUGACAGUGAGGAGGCCGGUUCUUCAGAUGAUGCUUUCUAAGCAGCAAGUAUAGAUAUCAAAAUUGAUGAAACCACUUAAUGAAGUCACUUGA